CACUGCAGUUCCUCACUACCAGCUGCAAUAGCAGCAGAACCACAGCACGCGCAUCAAAACCUCUGAACUUCGAAACAGCUAACGUUUGAGGAAAAAGGAAGGGACCAUAAUGGAGGCGGCAUAUUCCCCGCUGGACCCGGAUUUAAUGAGGGAGGUUCUCGAGUGCCCUAUAUGCCUGGAGACCUACAACCAGGAUCAAAUGAGACCCAAACUCCUGCAGUGUGGUCACACAGUGUGCCGGCAGUGUCUAGAAAAGCUGUUGGCUAACACUAUAAACGGUGUGCGCUGCCCCUUCUGUAGCAGGGUGUCCCGUAUGAGCAGUAUCUCCCAGCUGGCCGAUAAUCUCACUGUGCUCAAGAUCCUGGAUUGCACCACGUCCUGCAGUGCUGCUGCUGCCGCCCUGAUGUGCAAGUCCUGCUGCAACCGCCUACCACGACAGUACUGUCACGACUGCGCCACAGUCCUCUGUGAGCUUUGUAAAGGGGAGGGCCACCUGCUGCAAGGCCAUUCGGUCCAGCCGAUUCGGGUGGCUGCAGAACAGCGUCGUAAAGAACUGGGUGGCAAGCUGGCUUCUCUGCGGGACGUCAUGGGCGAAAUUCAGAAGAAAAAGACGGCUAUUGAAAACAUUUCAAAGUCCUUGAGACUUAAGUACCGGGCGGUGCAGCAGGACUAUGCUUCGGCUGAGCUACGUCUUCAAGAGGAACUCAGCAGGUCUCGGAGGACAUUCACUUCUUCCAUGACGGAAGUCGAAAAGCUAAACGGGCAGGUCCUGGAAGAGCAGACGUAUCUCCUGAACAUCGCAGAGGUAAAAGUCGUGUCACGUUGCGAUUACCUGACCAUGCUGGUGAGGCAGAGCGACAUCGCUUUGCUCAAGGAUGAUGGCGAAGGCAGUGAUGAUGAAGAGCUGGAUUUGAGGAGUAGCUUGCCCACGAUGUUUCAGCUGCAGGAGCCGGGGCUGGUCAGAACAGAGCACUUGAAACCUGUGGAAGUGGGCGAAGUGACCACCAACACUUACACCGUUGAUACAGAGGAUGAGGAGAGUGGGUUGGAAAUCGCACUUGAGGGUGACGUAAUGAGUGUAGCUGGGGCAAUGGGAGCUAACGGUGGCAGAAGGGGGACUCCUGUGGAUCUUUACCGAGACAUUGACAUGGUUGCAGCUGCAGAGGAGGCGGUGUGUGGUUCACCGGGCAGCUUUAAGUCAAAGUCCAUGGAUGCAGGUGGGGGAUCACCCGGAGGAGCUGGGGCGAGUGCAGGGCCUCCAGUCUGCCAGUUUGUGAAGAAGAUGGGCUGCAAGGGAACGCUACCUGGCAUGUUCAAUUUACCAGUCGGCGUCUGUGUAACGCCACAAGGUGAGGUCCUGGUGGCUGACCGUGGCAACUACCGCAUCCAGAUCUUCAAUCGCAAAGGUUUCCAGCGGGAAAUCCGCCGCAAUGCCAGCAGCAUUGACAACUUUGUGCUGAGCUUCCUUGGGGCUGAUCUGCCUAACCUCAUCCCCUUAUCCAUUGCUGUCACUCCUCAAGGACUGAUCGGGCUCACUGACAACUACGAUAACUCCGUUAAAGUCUACACUAUGGAAGGACACUGUGUGGCUUGCCAUAAAAACCAGCUCAUUAAACCCUGGGGCAUUACUGCUAUGCCAUCGGGUCAGUUUGUGGUGUCAGAUGUGGAAGGUGGCAAGCUGUGGUGUCUAACAGUGGACCGCAAUCUAGGUGUGGUCAGCUACAACCGGUUGUGCUCCGCUGUGAGGCCAAAGUUUGUGACAUGCGAUGCAGCUGGAACGGUCUAUUUCACCCAGGGCCUAGCCCUGAACUUUGAGAAACGUCACAAUGAGCCCCACCUGGAAGGCGGCUUCUCUAUUGGCUCGGUCGAUGCAGACGGCCAGCUAGGCAUACAGUUCAGCCAUUUCUUCUCAGAGACGGAGGACUUCCGCUGUAUCACUGGCAUGUGUGUGGACGCCAAUGGGGAUUUGCUGGUAACGGACAGUGGCAGGAAAGAAAUCCUCCAGUUUCCCAAAGAGGGUGGAUUCAAAAUCCUCAUCCAGGAAGGCCUGACAUGCCCUGUAGGAGUGGCCACCACCCAGAAAGGACAACUGCUCGUGCUGGAUUGUUGGGACCACUGUGUCAAAGUCUACACAUACAUUCAGAGGAGGCACUCCUCCACUUCCUAGAGGAACAAAUCCAUUGUCUCUGCACAUGCAUGAGCACGAGAGGUUUAGCAGGUAUGUGUUUGUAUGAAAGGGUAGAAUCACACUGUCACUUUAGUUUUGCUGCAGUCCAAACAAGUCUCACUCCAGCUUUAAUCUGAGUUAUUAAAUGAAUGUUCGAGGCAGUUUGGUUCAGUUUAAAACCCAACUGGAUUUUAAUUGAAUACCUCAAAUUAGAAAUAUGCCCAUUGAGCUGCUUCCUCCCUGAUUAUUUGAAAGGAUCACAGCACUGAGACAGAACUUAAACAUUUUUUUACAUCAACAAAGACUGGCACAAAUGGUCACAUUAAAAUAAAGAAGCGACUGAUGUCAAAGCUAAUGCAGGCACAAAGUACAGAUGAUGUGUUCUUCCUCGGUUAUACUGCUAUAUCCCACCUUUCAGCCUGACUGUGUGUGAUGCAUGGCGUUCACUGAUCUGGCUCUGCUUUGCGAAAGAGAAAAAGAAAAGCUGAAAAAUAACGUAUUUACAUUUAAAAUAAAGCAUACCGAGGCUUUUGGCCCGUGAAGCACUUUAUUGUUGACACAGCACUGUUUCCUAUCAACAGACAAACGUUGAUGUUGCUGAAUGCACCUUUUUAAAGUUCACUGUGCAGUUAACUAAUGGGAAAAUAAUAACCCAGUAUCUGCAUUCAGUAACAUUAAGUGUAGAAUAUUAAGUUACCCACAGCAUAUAGGGUUGACCGAUACAAUCACAACA